AGAGGCAUACAGAGAGAGGAGUGUGUGUGUUUGGAUGUACUCGCCUGCCUCGCUAACGAACUGACUGACUGUGUGUGUGUGACAAAAAGACGAGAGAAAGACGCGUGGAUACUACUCCACAGGACUGGAAGUGUUUGGCGUCACAAAAGGAGACCACACACACAAAAAGAGAUUGGGACGGACACAAACUGCUGACUGAACUGCAGGCAGACACCGGGGCAGAGUGAGGAGGAGUAAGAAGACAAGGCAGUGCACACGAGACCUGACUGAUCGUGCCCAUGGCGAGCAAUAAUACGGCCAGCAUCGCACAAGCCAGGAAGCUGGUGGAACAGCUGAAGAUGGAAGCCAACAUCGACAGGAUAAAGGUGUCAAAAGCAGCGGCAGAUUUAAUGUCAUACUGCGAAGCCCAUGCCAAAGAGGACCCUCUGUUAUCACCAGUGCCAGCAUCAGAGAACCCGUUCAGGGAGAAGAAGUUCUUCUGUGCCAUCCUGUAAACUUGGCAUGGCCCUUCAGCAAUCUGCUCAGUGUGGGACUUUGAACGUGGACGUUCAAAAUACAUAGAAAUCUUCUAGUAGGAGGGCACAGUGAUUAUUGCCCCUUUUCUUGAACGGCACCUAAAGAGUGCAAAAAUUAAAACCCACAGAGUUUACGUGUAACCAUUAAAAGGGUUGUGAUUGCUUUUUUUGUGGGGUGUUGCAGCAUGUUGAAGGGUUCUGUGCGUUUAGAUGACACAAAAGGGAUGAUGAUGAUGAUGAUGAUGAUGAUGAUGAUAAUGAUGGGGAUGAGGAUGAGUAUGGGGAUAACCCAGAGAGGUGACGGACAAACAGUCAACCUACCAAGUCUUCAGGUUGUGAUGUGUACAAAACAAAACAAAAAAAAAGAUAAUAUGUGAAUAAAAUUUUUUGUGGUUCUUUUGGAACUUCCAAAUGUUUUGUUAAAUGAUUUGUGGGUGGGUCAGGCACCGUAGGACGGCAAACAAAUAUACUCCUACCACUAGACGCCACCUGAUUAUUGGAAUGGGAUUUUUUUUAAAGUUAUUGUUUAUUUUACAUUUAUUUCAACUUUACUUAUCACCUAGAUAUCUUUCUAUAACUGUAUGUGAUUACUGAAACUGCUCUGUUAACUUUUUUUCUUACACCAACAGGUUAGUGAAGGCUUUUUUAAUGGGAUGUUUGAAACAUUCAAUUCUGUGAUUCUCCAUAUAAAUAGCUGUCUGAAAAUCAGUCUCUGUGUAUCAACAUCUAUCUGGCAAAUGUGAUGCAGUUUGUCUCCUUCAGAUACAAACCCUCUUUGUACUAUUUGUAUAAAAUGACUAGCAAGUAAACUGUGCUGUGCUGUGAGUUCUGAA